CACUGCCUAGUCUUCAUCAGCCGCCCUGCCGCCCGCUUCACAGCUAGCUGAGAGGGAGGAGAAAGCUGUGAGUUCCGGAGCUCAGACUAGCCCAGCCCAACAGCCCAACCUUAGCUUUAGAGAUCAUGGCUGCCGAGGAUGUGGUGGCGACUGGCGCCGAUCCUAGCGAGCUGGAGGGCGGAGGACUUCUACACGAGAUUUUCACGUCACCUCUCAACCUGCUGCUGCUGGGCCUCUGCAUCUUCCUGCUCUACAAGAUCGUGCGCGGGGACCAGCCCGGGGCUGGCAGCGACAACGACGACGACAAGCCGCCCCCGCUGCCCCGCCUCAAGCGGCGCGAUUUCACCCCCGCCGAGCUGCGGCGUUUUGACGGCGUCCAAGACCCGCGCAUUCUUAUGGCCAUCAAUGGCAAGGUGUUCGACGUGACCAAAGGCCGCAAGUUCUACGGGCCCGAGGGACCCUAUGGAGUCUUUGCCGGAAGAGAUGCAUCCAGGGGCCUGGCCACAUUUUGCCUGGAUAAGGAAGCACUGAAGGAUGAGUAUGAUGACCUUUCUGACCUCUCUCCUGCCCAGCAGGAGACCCUGAGUGACUGGGAGUCUCAGUUCACUUUCAAGUAUCAUCAUGUGGGCAAACUGCUGAAGGAAGGGGAGGAACCUAAUGUGUACUCAGAUGAUGAAGAACCGAAAGAUGAGACUACUCGGAAAAAUGAUUGAGGCAUUCAGUGGAAGCAUAUCUAUUUUUGUAUUUUGCAGAAUCAUUUGUAACAUUCUAGUCUGUCUUUAAAACUUGGUGAUUUCAACAUGUUUGGAAUUUGCUGUAAUUUUUUAAUUAACAUCACUAGUGACACUGAUGAAAUUAACUUUUUUCUUAGGAUGCAUGAUAUGUUUGUGAGUCACAAGUCCACAAAAUGAAUUGUAGUGCUGUAAUGCAUAUGUUAAUAAGUUUUUUCUUCUAUCUGUAGUUAGAACAACCUGAGUUUGAAUUGGUUUAUCUUGAGAGGUAGGUAAGACAUAGGUAUUUCCCCAAACUGCUAAGAAUGUUAAUUGUGUACCAAGAAUGAAGUUCAACGUUUUUUCAUGAUGCUCUCUGAAAACAAGUCCUAUUUACUCAAUUGACUUAACUGCAUGAUUUCUGUUUUAUCUACCUCUGAAGCAAAUCUGCAGUGCCCCAAGGGUUAGGUAUUGAUUAGAGACAACUUUCCAGUAACAAUGAGAACUUGAGUUCUGAUAGAAAAAACAAUACUGUGUUUCUGCUUUGGUAUGUGGUCCUUAUACGGACACAGACACUGUCACACAGUAAUCUACAGUUAGGAUUAAAAUAACAUGUGGACACUGAAAGUAGAGCUUUGGAAAAAGAUCUAAACAAAUGAAGAAGAUUGUAGGACUGGCUUCCCAAUCCCCGUGUUCAUGACAGGACAGGCAGUGGGUAUGUGGUAAUUGGACAAAAUGUAAAAUGUGAAGGGCAUACAGGACAGGUUAGAACAGGUGUGUGUUCUCCUAAAAGCCUUCAUCCAUACACACAAAGGAUAGGAAAUACUACAUAGCACUAGCCAAGUGGUUUUAAAAGGAAAAUAUAAUUCUAAUGUAAGAGUUAAAUGCUUCUGUUGUCACAAAAUUGUAGCCACUGCAAAAGUAGUAUUCAAGUAUCUAGGUCUUGGAUAAUACUCUAGGUUAACACUAAACCUAGCUUAAGUAGAGUCUACAGUUGUAUAAAUUUGUAAAAGUGGUAUAUGAACAACUAGUGAUGUUUUAAACUCUUGUAAUCAUAGUUAAAUAGUCUGUCUUUUCUUGUGAACUAUGUUUGAUGAUUUUACCUCAAAUCAGAAAACAAAAUGAAGUGUUGGGGUCAGUUAAUAAAAUGGUUUUGCCCAA